AUGAAUGCAGCUCGUUCUGCUCGGCAAGCGAUAAAUACUAAAAAUCUUGUUGACCUUAGUUUAAAAGACGAUGAACUAUAUAACAAUGAAGAUGCAAGUUCAAUUAUAGACCAUCUUCUUGCAGCUUCAGAAGCUAAUUUGAAAAAAAGGGAUGACCAAAAUUAUAUAUCGAGCUUUCUGCAAGAACUUCUACCAGCCGCUGAUGAAAAAGAUAUUGAAGACCAUAAGAAUGAAGAAGUUUUGAUUAAUAAAACUAUUGAAUUUGUGAACAAAACAAUGAAUGAAAAAAUACUCUCAAAAAUGCUCUCAAAAACCAAAAAAACUCAUUAUACAGCAGUUCUUUACUUUCUUUGGUUGCUUCUAGAUGAGGAAUUAAUCCCACUGAGCCUGAGAGGAAAAUUGCUUACCAAAAGCCCGCUUCAUGAUGAAUUUGUAUCUCUUCAGUUGACUGCUUACUUACGAACUCAAAAGUUCAAAGCAACUCCUGAACUAACAGUUCGUCGGUGGAUGCAUAAGCUCGGUUUUCGCUACCAAUGUUACCAAAAAGGUAUAUAUAGGUGGGGUGAAAUUACCCUUCUUAAUAAAAAUGAUUUGAAAAUUGCGCAGCUUGAUCAACUUAUGUCUAAGUGGCUUGACCAAGAUUGUAGGAUAAGAACUUUUCUGCAGCUAAAUGAUGAUGAAAAAGAGCAUGUAUGGGUGACUCAUGAUGAAAGAUUGGAACCUAGCAUGCAUAUAAGUGACUUCCUAACAGAAACAAUAGGGCCUCUUAAAGAUGAUCAGAAAGAAGCACGAGUUAUAAUGGUAUUGGGGUGUGUGGGUUUAUUUGCCUUCAAUAAUGCCACUUCACACACAGCUUUUGCUAAGAAUGCUCUUGUCAUCUCUAAAAUGAAUCUUAGUCCAGGUGGUUCCGCUCCAAAAAUAAGAGAUACAAUAUGGAACAAUGAUC